AUGACAGAAUUGAAGGAGAAAUCGCUUCUUCAAUAUAUAUUGGAUAUGGAUGAAAGAGGGUUUAGUCUUCGAAUAAGUGAUAUAGAAGAUAUAGUGAAUUAUAUACUCGAAAUGCAGGGUACGAAGAAGAUUGGAAAGCUCUAG